UGUACACCUUCUUCACCACCCUACUGAGAUGUCGCUGCCUGCGGCUCGUGUGAAGGAGACCUCGUACUGGUGGACGUGGGGGACCGAAUCUGGAUAUCCCGGAUGGACAUCACUUCGGAACGCCGGCAGCUGGGAGGCCCGGGAGACGGACAUCACAUUGGGGAGCAGGACGGAAAAAUCCAGGGGCAGGUCUCGAACCUGGAGCCCGUAGAUGCCGAGAAGGAGAUGGAGGAGAUCACGGAACCAGAGGCGGAAGAAAAGCAGGUCGCCCACUCCAGGGAAUCGCUGAUUCCCACUCGCAGGAAUCCAAUCCGUGGAAGUUCCAGGAUUCCCAGGAGCAGCCGGACCACCUGGGUGAAGGAGGAGGACGAGGAAGAGCCCCCGAUCAGCGUGAAGCCGGUUGCGGUGAUGCUGGAGAAGAUGAAGGUGGCCCUACCGGCGGAGGAGGAGGACGAGGAGGAGGAGGAGGAGGAGGAAGCAGAAGCCGAGGAGGUGGACCUCCCAAGUAGCAUCGCGCCCCCUCCAGUGCCCGAGCCGGACCUGAGACCAACGAUUCUUGGUCUCCAGAAGCUGCGGGAGAGAAUUCCAGAGGAGCCGGUGAGAAGGAUUUCAUGGAGCAAGGUCCCAGAUUUCUCAGCAACACAACCCAGACCACAGCAGGGAGGCCGUGGCUGGAAGGGCACCUCCUGUGGCGUGGGGGUCUGCUACCUCCCCCUCGCCCUGCUGCUCCUUGCCCUCGGGGGCUGGUUCCUCCUGGGUCCUGGCACGUACCCGGGGCCUUGGGUCCCGGUCAAGGAACUAAAGGUGGACUGGAUUUACAGCCUGUUCCCAGGUCAGCAGGAAGCCUGUCAGGACCGCUGCAGUUUGACUCUGGUGGAGAGUAUCCCCGUGGGUCUGACCUACCCCAAGGGCGCCCCACGACACCAGUCCAUCUACGCAGCCUGGAUGGAGCUGCUGGGUCAGGCGAACAAGUCGGUGCACAUUGCGGCGUUCUACUUCAGCUUGAGGGCUCGAGGCCAGGAGGAGGGAGAGCCCAGCACCGCGGAGGGGCACCAGGUCCUGCAGAAGUUGGGGGGACUGACUUCCCGUGGAAUCGGGCUGAAGAUCGCCGUGAACAGCCCUCAGGCGUCUGUGGAGGACACCGACUAUCUGGCAGAGAAGGGUGCCGAAGUUCGAGGUGUGCCGCUGAAGAACUUCACCGGCGGAGUCGUUCACACCAAGCUCUGGGUGGUUGACGGGAAGCAUGUUUACCUCGGCAGCGCCAACAUGGACUGGCGCUCGUUGACACAGGUGAAGGAGCUGGGAGUCGUGCUGUCCAACUGCAGCUGCCUGGCCCAAGACAUGGAGCGGAUCUUCGGGGUGUACUGGCACCUGGGUGCCGAGGGGGCGGCUAUCCCGAGGCACUGGCCCCACUCCUACAGCGCCCUGUCCAGCAGGCAGCACCCGCUCCGGCUGACGCUGAACGGCAUCGACGCCCGUGUCUACCUGUCGAGCGCCCCUCCGUCGCUGUGCGCCUCCGACCGGACCACCGACCUGGACGCCAUCCUGGACGUCAUCGACGACGCGAGAGAGUUCGUCUUCAUUUCGGUCAUGGACUUCCUCCCUCUUUGCAAGUUCUGUAACCCCCAGAGAUUCUGGCCAACAAUCGAGGACCGGUUGCGCGGGGCCGCCUGUGAACGCAAGGUGACGGUUCGCCUGUUGAUCAGCUGUUGGCCACACACGUACCCCCCCAUGCUGGUCUUCCUGGAGUCGCUGAACAUCCUCAGCGAGGAGCCCCUGAAGUGCAGCAUCGAGGUGAAAAUCUUCCGGGUUUCAGCCACAGCGGAGCAGAAGAAAAUUCCCUUCAGCAGGGUCAAUCACAACAAGUACAUGGUCACCGACCGCAUUGCAUACAUUGGAACGUCCAACUGGUCUGAAGACUACUUCAUCAGGACAGCUGGCGUGGGACUGGUCAUAAACCAGACUGGGACCGACGCAGAGAACCCUGACACUGUGCAGAACCAGCUGAAGGCAGUCUUCCAGCGUGACUGGAACUCUGAACACGCGUUGGAGCUGGGCAGCGAAGGAGUUGAACGAUGCCUGCAGUCUGAUGGGAGCGUGUAAGAAGCAGCAAGCAUCGUGAAGUCCAUUCCGUGAGGUGGGAGGGAGGGGUUGGCUAGCUGAGAGAGAGUUCGAGAGCCUCUGGCACUCCAUUUCCUUGCCUCUGCUCCCCUUCAACCAUGCGUUAUGUUUUCCCCUGAGGCUGAGUGGCAUUUUUAAAGUUGUUAUCAGUUUCUGAACUCUCUGCUGAUCCCAAAACAAAUUUGCUUUACAAUCCCACAACAACAAAGGAAGGUUCGGUGUCAGCAGAGGAGGAUUUCGGCAGAGUGUCACAACGUCAAAACUGUCUGAAUCAAUUUAUCACUUUAAUGCUGACCGUGUGUGGUUUUCGACUUUUGAAGCUUGAGCCUCAACUGCACGGUACCAUUGUGGAGCCUUUCCAGAUGUUGUCUUAACAGAGGCGCCAACCCGCUUUAACAUGGUACAGUUCACCAAAUACAUUUUAGCUUGGACAGUAGAUAGAUAUGGAGCGUAAUUGCAAGAUGCAGCUUUUGAACGAUUCACUAGUCAGCCUGCUCUCAGCUGUGCCAAAGGAAGCACCUUUGGUCCUUGUGUGUGCCAAGGCAGGUGGAGCUGCCAGGAUUUGAUCCAUUUGAGAGUCAGUCCUGCUCUAUUUGUGAAAGCCACUCAGCCUCUGAGACUUUCUGGCCCCAGCCAACCUCCUCCCACUAAUUUGAGAUGCUCACGAGUGAGUUUAUUGGAAAUGCAGCAGUUUACAUAAAGCAUCUCGACUUCUCCCUCUCCACCUGGGUACUUGUAACAAAAAAAAAUUCCGUUUAUUUAGCAACUUCUGCAGACUCUGGUUUUCCAAGGCCACUUUACAGCCACCUAUGAUGUGUCAGUGAUGCAGCUUAGGAACAGGAAAUCAUACCUUUGUCUGAGAGGAAGGAUUAUUAGACUUUAAUGCUUCAUCUGACAGAUGACACAAAUUGCAAAAUCAUUGUCCUGUGUUGUGUUAUAGGUGCACCACAUAUCUUUUGUGCCAAAGAAGGUAGCCCACUUCAAACCCAGUCUGUCUAAAGUAAUGGUACACUGAGCAUCAAAUAGCAUUGUCAGGGGUUUGGAAAUCAUCCAGGGUUGAUUACUAUUUGGUCUCCUCUGUUGGUGAGACUGCAGGUUCCCAGUUGUUACCAUCACUGACAAUUCAUUGCUCCUUUGACUGCUGGCUUUGAGGACCAUUAUCUAGUUCAAUAGCAAAGUGUUCCCACAAGAGAGAAUUUAAAAGUGUAUAAAUAUAUUUUGUUACAAUUCUAUUUUUUGAAGGCUUUUCUACUGAAAUAUAGGAUUUAUUUAGCUUGGGCAAAGAAUGAUUGUGUUUCUUUUUUAUAUAUGUGGCAAGAAUUAGUCAGAUCAUAGAUCUACACUAAGUAGUCUUUGGGCACAGGAGUAGAGAAUAUUUGUUUAGUUAACUUUGAACCCUCAUUUUAUUGAGCCUAUUUCCAUAAUAAUUUCUGAUACAGUAAAAACUGAUAAUCUGCUGUCCAAUUAUUCCAAAAUCCUGAUGGUUUGACACCUGGCUCACCAGGUGCUGAUUUCUGUACUCCCUUCUAUGCACUGGGGCCAAGGUUACUGCUCUUCCUUGAUACUCAAAGGGCCCCAGAUGCUGUGCUCCCUUUAAUGUGUUGAAUGGAAAAUUUAUUAUUCUAGUAUGUAAUAUCUGAAAGUGAAAGUGUGUGGAGCAUAAGAGUCAUAGAAUUGUACAGCACGGAAACAGACCCUUUAGCCCAAUUUGUCCAAGCUGAGCAAGAAAUCUGAGCCCAUCCCAUUUGUCAAUAUUUGGCCCAUCUCUCUCUGGGCCUUUUCUAUCCAUGUACCCGUCUGAGAAUAUGAAUCUGGUAUCAAAAGUUCCCAGUGUGAUGCAUUAAUGGAGUUUUACUGUGGAGAAGGGAAAAACUAAACAAAGGAGAUUGGAUGCUUUAUUCAGGUGUAUUUUGAAUUUUACAAAAUUAGCUUUUAUAAAGUGAAUUGAUUUUCCAGCUGAAAAGAAAAAUGUCUUGCUUUAUGUUACUGUUUUUGUUUUGUAGCUCUGUGGCUACAAGGGCAAAUCAGAAAUGGGGUGUAACUCACCACUGGGCUCCCCAUGAUCUUUCCAGUGCAAGGCACAGAUCAGAAACAUUGUGUAAUAUGCUCCGAGCAUGGGCAAAUACGGCUCUCAUAUCAUGUUGAAGGAAACCUUAACAUCGAGGCCAUUUUGAUUUUCACCUCAUCUGUCACCCUGAACAUUCCCUUCACCACCUGUGCCAUCUACAAAAUGCACUGCAGUUACUGAGACCCAAACCCGUGUCCUCUAUACCACCGAGAACAAGAGCAGCAGGUAAAUUGGAGCAUCACCACCUGCAGAUUCCUUUCUCUUGGAAAUCUCUCUGUUCCUUUAUUACUGUGUCCAAAUCCUGUACCUUCCUGUCCAAUAGCCCACAGAUUGCAAUGCUUGUAAGAAGCAGCUCACCACUGUUUAGGAGCAGUUAGGGAUGUGCAUCAAUGCUGGCUUUGCCAGUGAAAUCCAAACCCCUUAGGAGAAUUAAAGAUUGUAGUUACAGGGAUAUUAUAUGCUGCUCUGAAGCUUUCAAAUGCCAGCUGGUGCCAAGCUCCAGGGAGAUAGUUUCUGGAAGCCUUUGUUUUGAUGUAAAGUUUGCACUUUUCAGUAACUUUGUGACGUUCGCCAUCCAUGACCUAGCUUGUUGGCAAUGUGGUAGAUUGCUAAGCAUUAGUAGUUCUCCAUUUUUGAAACUUAUUGCACUCAGUUUAUGUAAAAUCUUGUUUGCGUGUAUCAUAGAUUGCAUGCUACAUCUGGAAAGCAAAGGCUGUAGUUCUACUGGGUAACAGGCUGUGACAGAUACCAGGGAUGCUGCAUUGAGCUCAGUGAGUACUUUCCAGUUAAGGGAAAGUUCUGGUAUUAACUGGACUGCAGUUGCAGAAAUGAAAGACAGUGAAGCUCUCCACAUAAUUCAGACUUGAGACUGCAUAACCCUGUACUGCCUACAGUCUGAGAAGGGAUCAGAUAUGGGUGUGAACAGUCAGCUGGAGGAAUACAACCACAAGGAUUACAGAAAAUUCAUUGUUUAGACAUGCAGCCUUGGUCUCAGGAAGGGGAUGGAAUUGGACAUCCAACUCUUUAGGGGAAUAACAUUCCCAGCUUAAAAGGCAGAGUAGCUACGGCAAAGAUCCUUUUACCAUCAAUUAUAUGAAGUUGUUUUCCCAAAUGCUGUUUCAGAAUGCUUCUAAGAUUUGACAUGCUUGUGUUGAAAUAAAGUGAUUUGUGCUUCUUUC